AUGGCCCCGAAGCCUCUCCGAGUGCUCGUAGUCGGUGGAACUGGCAACACCGGAAAGCAUAUCACGGAAGCCCUCCUAGUAAACGGCAAAGACUUUGUAUCGACCUUGACACGACCGUCCUCGCUUUCCAAGCGCGCCAUCGAGAACCUCCGCGCCAAAGGGGCAGAAGUCCGCACAGGGGACUUUCGUUCAGAUAGCAUCGAGAAGUUGAAAGAUGCGCUCUCUGGCGUGGACAUUCUCAUCAGCUCUGUGAUCGCUUUUGCUAUACUUGACCAGAAGCCACUCUUGGCCGCUGCGAAGGAGGUCGGAGUAAAGCGGGUCGUCCCUUGCGACUUUGCCACCCCAGGCAAACAUGGCGUGCGGGAGCUGAACGACACGAAACUUGAGAUCCAUGAUUACAUCAAGCAACUCGGGCUCGGCUACACCUUCAUCGACAUCGGGUGGUGGAUGCCGCUCACUCUUCCAUCGUCGUUGCUUAGCUCGAUCAUCGCCGAUGAGCGGACACUCAACCAGAGUGUCAUUGUAUGGGAGGACGAGGUCACGCUUCUAGACGUGAAGAGGCUCAUGGAGAAGUAUUCUCCAGACGGUGAUGCGUCGAAGGAUAAAUGGACCUACCUGACCUACGAAGAGCUUUCGCAGCGCGCUGCACAAGGAAAGGAGGAAUACAAGCGAACUGGCAACCCGGAGGCACGCGUGUUGCAGGCGGCAUCGGAAUACAUGAUCAGCAUCCACAUCUUGGGCGAGGAUUCGCUGGAGAAUGCGAAGGCGCUCGGGUAUCUCGAUGCUCACGAAUUAUAUCCCGACAUCCAUCCGACUUCAUUGGAGGAGUUUGUCAAAGAGUUCUAUAGUCAGAAGAGGCCCGCAUCUGUAUAGUCCAGAGAGUAGUGAUUGUGAGUCACUGGAGAACAUACCUAUGGCAUGCCAGUGAGAGAUGUUGGAGAGAGCCGAGCAAAGUGCAAGAACAGAGUAAUAGAACGUGCAGCUGCCCGCCAUCUUUCCAACGGUCGACCGUCAUUAAACAUCGAACAGAUGUCAAUAGGCGUUGAU